CACGAAAGCUCACCAAUUAAAUUAAUUCUAAACAUUUUCACUCGCAUCUGUAGCAUUUUUACUGUUCUCAUUUUAAAAAUUCAAACAUCUUCCUUCAAUCAGUAUUAUUCUUGACCACAUGCAGGACUAUAGUGCGCGAACAGUGACAACGAUGACAAAUUUUGCUUCGAUCAAAACAAUGCAGUGUGAUUGUAGGGGAAAAAACAUCCAAAGCAGACGCAAUAAACAGCGAGCGACCUUAUGCAAUGUUGUGAUAGAAAUAUGAUAUUUGUCUAGUUCACAGCAGCGGUACUAAAAUGAACGCAUUCGCGCAUAGGCGGUUGGGAUUAUCCAUCGCGUCUUUAGUUCAACGUCGCUUGUUGUCAACUGCCGCACCAAAUGCAGCUGACGCAAGUUCCGUGCAGCUGAGCAAUACCUGCAUUAAUCGUUUGAAGGAAAUUUGCAAAAACAAUGCUUUCCUCCGAGUUGCAGUAGAGGGUGGAGGAUGUUCCGGCUUUCAGUACAAAUUUUCAGUCGAAAAACAACUCGGUGACGAUGAUGUUAUCGUGAGUCGUGACGGUGUGCAGGUGGCCAUCGACAAUGCAUCGAUUGAGUACCUAAGCGGCGCCACCAUAGACUACCACACGGAGUUGAUACGUUCCGGAUUUCGUGUCAUUAACAAUCCAAAGGCAGAGCAAGGUUGUUCCUGCGGUGCUUCAUUUACGGUUAAACUGGACUAAAUGCAAUUGUGUGAAAAGUACUGUGUUAUAGCAAUGUAAAAUAUAAUAAACUCGCGUUCAAUAUUUA